AUGGCGGCGGGAGAUCUAUAUUUACCUGAUGACUGUUGGGAAUGUGUUUUCAAAUUCCUCAACAACCAUGAAGACGACAAAUAUAAUUGCUACCUCAACUCUCUCUCCCUAGUUUCCAAACAGUUCCUCUCCAUCACCAACCGUCUCCGAUUCUCCGCCGCUGUUGGCUCAAAAAUACUUCCGUUCAUCCAUCUUCUAUUUCAGAGAUUUCCCAAUAUCACAUCCCUCAAACUCAACUGUUCCUUCUACCGUGAUCCCAAUGCCUUCAACGGUGAUCGCAACGCGUUUCUUCAUCAAAUCUCUAGUUUCUCUUUGAAACUCAAAUCCCUCGAUCUCUCCAGCCAAAACAUCAUUCCUGCAGAUGGGUUGCAAGCUUUCUCUGAAAAUGUUACAACUUUGACAUCUCUCUAUUUUUCCCAGAUGAAUUCUAUAAGGAGCUCUGACAUGUUACUAAUUGCCGAUUGUUUUCCUUUGCUCGAAGAACUCAAUCUCGGUACAAUUACAACAUUCAACUCUGAAGAUAACUUCAUUGAUGGGAUAAAUACUCUUUCAUUGGCACUUUCUAAACUUAGCAAGAUUAAUCUCUCUAGUCAUCGUUACAUGACCAAUGAAUGUCUUUUCCACCUGUUCUACAACUGCAAGUUUCUUCAAGAGGCCAUCAUAUAUGAUUGUCUUAACAUCACCAAUGCUGGUAUUGUUUCUGCUCUCCGUGAGAGACCAAAUUUUAGAUCUUUACAUUUUACCAAUAAAACAGACAAUUGUUCAAAUUUGUUUGCCAUCCUUAGGAGCUGUCCUUCACUUAGCAAUAUCAAAAUGGAAUGCCCAUAUCCACGUUGGUGGGAAAAGAGCGUGGAUAAUUCUAAUUCUUUAAUGGUUCUAAGCCCUCAAUUAGAGACUUUAUGUUUGGCUAACAAUACAUGGCUAAGUGAUGAAAAGCGUUAUAAUAUUUGCUUCCAUUUUCCCCAAUUUGCAACUACUUGA